AGUUGGCCUACGAGCACGUUAACAAACAGCAAUAAUAGUAUACAAUAAUAAAAUCAUAUGAAUCAUUCGUGUAAAGUCGAAUGCAAAAGCAAAAAAGAAAAAAAGGUGAAGUCUCAAUAAUAGAAAAAGAGAAUUGUAACCCAAAAAGAAAAAAAGAAAAAGAAAAAAAGAAAAAGAAAAAGAGAAUUGCUCAACUCAAUCGAAUAGAAAAGAUAAGAUUCCAUAUUAUACCCUAAACAUGAUAUGAUAUGGACAAGGACCUGAAAGCUCACCAAAUAAAGAAAACCUCCCUCAAUUUUCUGUGCUCUAUUGCUGCAAAUUUCCAUAUAGAUUAUCUUGGUAUUUUGAGUGUUGAGGGCAGGUGAGUGGAGAUCAGCGAAGUACAGUUGAAAGGCUAUUUCACAUCAGAAGAGAAUAAAGCUAGUGCACGAAGUGAGCAGCUUAUGUCAAACAAGUAGCGAUAAGUCAAGUUCAACCCCAACAUAAAUUAGGAAUUCAUCCGAUCAAAAUGAAAAUUGAAUGAAGUAAAGAAAAUUAGGAUAACCUUGAAUAUUUAAGUAAGGAUGACCAUUGUUGGUGUGUGCGCGCCUGUGUAAUACAAGAACCUGAUAAGAGUAGUAACCUGCAGUUUUUAUAUGAAUAUCAGGGUUUAGGUCGGAUCCUGUGAACAACUUCCAGGGAGAGACUAAGCCUCAGUUAAUUACUUGAGAAGAAACACAUACAAAGACUAGGCGCACAUAGUCGCGAUGUCGUUAAUAGUGGAGGCUAUGGUCCAGACUUUGACGGAGCAAGUGUUCACAGCUCUAAUGAACCAGGCUGAAUUUGCACUCGACUUCAGCGGCCAGUUUGAGCAGUUGAAGACGGGGCUUGAUCUCACCAAGGCCUUACUGUCAGACACGGAGAGUCUCAACCACAAGAACAACACUAUCAAGACAGCAUUAUUUGAUCUAAGGGAAGUCAUCUACAAAGCCGACGAUGUACUCACUGAUUGCUUGGUUAGAGAUGAAUACAGAAAGGAGGGAUCCUGUUCCGGCUCCUUGCUUCACGAUCCAUUCUUCUUGCAUCGUACAGGAAAGAAAUUGAAAGACAUCAAUUUGCGUAUGAAGGAGAUAGAGAAGACCUUGGGCCGGUUUUUGAGGGCACCGGACAGCAUCCAUAGAGAAGAUGCAUACCAAGUUAGGGUGAUGGUGUCACAGGACUGGAAUCCAACUGAGAUAAUUGGGUUGGAUAACGAUGUGGAGAAGAUUAAGGGUUGGAUUUUUGACACCAGCAAGGUACUUCACCAUGUAGGCAUUGUGGGAAUGGGUGGCUUGGGCAAAACCACCAUUGCUCAGAAGAUAUUUCAUGAUCUAGAAGUAGUCGGCCACUUUCACAAGCUGAUAUGGGUGUGUGUUUCGCAAUCAUUCAGCGCUGAGCGGAUUAUGAGGAGCAUCCUAGAAGGUCUAGGAGAAAAUGUCUCCGGAGCCGGUGUUACUCAGAUUUUGAGCAGAAUUCAGCAAGUACUUAAAGAUAAGAGCUGUCUGAUUGUCAUGGAUGAUGUGUGGAAUCACACAGAUGUUGAUUGGUGGACCAACCUCUGCUCUGUUAUACCCAAACAAAGCAGCUGCAUCAUAGUUACAACUAGAAAUGAAGAAGCUGCAAUUGGUAUGGGAGUUGAAAGCUCACGAAUCCACCGUCCGAAGACUCUUAAUGAUGAGGAAAGCUGGUGUUUAUUCUCCAAGUUUGCAUUUCCUACAAGCAAGGGAUUGUGCCCGGAGGACAGGCUUGAGAAAUUAGGAAAAGAACUCUUGAAGAAGUGUGGUGGACUCCCACUCGCAAUCAAGACUAUAGGAUCCUUGUUGGCAUCAAAGAUCGACUACCCUUCGCAAUGGACACGAGUUCUGGAGAGCUUUCAUUCUUUGACAACCGAGGGAAAAACUAGCUCACUAAGCUCUGUUAUGGCCUGUUUGCGAUUGAGCUAUGAUGAACUUCCGCCUGGUUUGAAGCAAUGCCUGCUGUGUUUCUCCAUCUAUCCUGAAGACUAUGAGAUACAUGCUGAUCAGUUAAUCUACUGGUGGAUCGGAGAAGGCCUCGUGCAAAGCAAGGGCUCAAGAACAGCAGUAGAAGUUGGAUAUGAGUAUCUCACAGUACUAAUCAGCAGAUGCUUGGUUGAAAUUGUGCAGCGGAGAGGAUUUGAUGGGAGAGUCUACAAGUGCAAAAUACAUGAUAUGGUGCGGGAACUGAUAAUAUUGAUUGCAGAAGAGGAGGAAUUUUGCGGCUUCGACGAACGAGGCAGACAAGAAUUGACAGCAAAGACUAGGUGGCUGUGCUUUAUUGAUGAAAUGGAUGAAAAGUCCUUGAAACGUAGUUCAAAGCUUAGGGCAUUGUUGCUGAUGUCAAGCCGCGGAUUUGACUUUGAAAGGAAUUCGGGGUUUCUGCUGCGAUCCCUCAGAAUGUUGGAUUUAUCAAACUGCACUGUGGAUGAGCAUUGUGUGGAGGAUCUCUUUAGCUGGAUCAGCUCCCUUAAGCGCUUAGCAUCUCUGAACUUAAGUGGUAUUCAAGCCCUGAAAGAAGUGCCCUCUUCAAUUCAUAAACUCCUCAACCUCCAACUUUUGCUUUUAACAGGUUGCAGCAAUCUAGUAAAAAUACACCCUUCCAUCACUAAUUUGAAGAAGUUGAUUAUUUUGGACCUAGGCGGGUGUCCAAUCCAAUACUUGCCUCAGGGAUUGGGAAGGCUUUCUUAUCUUCAAGAGCUCUCCGGAUUCAAGGUUGUGAGUCAGCCUAGAAAGCCAAGUUUCCGGCUUCUUGAGAUUAGGGAAUUGAUCAACCUGAGAGUACUGCGAAUACAUGUAAGCAGUACCACAGUUAUCGCAGACAAUGAACUUGAUGUCCUUUCUCAGCUUAGAAGGCUCAAUGUUCUAGCUAUUGAUGCAGAAGAUUGUAGAAAUAACAAUGUUUUGGAAAUGCUAGAAGGGCUGACCCCUCCUCCAAGCCUCCAAGAGCUAUAUCUUAGGAAUUACAAGAAGGAAACUUUGCCCAACUGGGUUAAUCCUGGACAACUUUCGCGAUUGCAGUAUCUUUGCAUCGAGAAUGGAGACCUUGUCAAGCUAGGCAGUGGUCAAACCACCUGGAAUCUUGAAGGCCUAUGUCUCAAGUACUUGAUGAGGCUAGAGGUAGACUGGAAGGACUUGGAGAAGGAUAUGCCUGUACUUCACUACAUGGAGAUCAGUCAUUGUUACAACUUGACGGAUUUCCCUUGUUCGGUUAUGGAACCUGGGGUCUGGAGAAAGCAUUAAGGUUAAGGUAUUAAUGGCUUUGAGAUUCAUCCGGAGGUGUGCAAUAAAAACUGACAUACGUAUUUCUUCUUGAUGUACGUAGUAGCUAUAUAUUGGAGUGCAAUAUUUUGUUGUUGUUUUUUAGAGUAAGAUCGGAGCUGAUUGAAAUGAACUUUUCGUAGUCGUUGUAUUGUUUCCGUGUGAUGUUGUCCUCAUAAUUUGAAGCGGUUUGAAGCAUGUGCAGAUGUAAACUAAUCUUUUGCUUCAGUUAUUUGUGUACUGGUGAUUAUGAUUUGAAUUA